AUGGCAUCUACAAGACAGACUCAAGCUGAUUUUGAACAUACUCUCUUAGAAGCGUUCAAUAACCAAAACGUUACCAGGGCUAUAACUGAAAUAAUUGUGAAAUCAGUUGCUUCGAACUUAGCAGAAAAAUUCAAAGAAUACGAUAAUAGAAUUGCACAAUUAGAAGCGGAAAUUGAUAAUCUCAAAUCAACAACCGUAUCAGUCCAAUCGAAUAUUAAUAUCGCAGACCAGAAAAAAAUCGAACAAAAACUAGACAAUAUUCAACAACGAACAAAAAGAAAUAAUAUUCGGCUAAUGAAGGUACAAGAAACUGAUCAUGAAAAAACUUUAGAAGUAUGUAUCGAUUUAUUCAAGAAAAACAUGAAAUUGGAUAUCACGGAGGCGAACGUAUGCGCUGCAUACAGGGUUGGCAAAAAUACUGGAGAUCGUCCCCGUCACAUUGUAGUUGUUUUCAAUGACAAUACUAUCGAAGCAUCGGUGUAUAAUAAGAAGAAGAUGUUGAAAGGCACUGAAAUCAUUCUCAAAGAAGAUCUUACUGCAUAUCGUUUGAAUCUAAUGAAAGAAGCUUCUGAAACAUAUGGAUUCAAAAAUGUCUGGUCGGUGAAUGGAAAUAUCUUCAGCAAGGGGCCCAACGGUGUAAAUAAAAUCUCUACCAUUUGA